UAAUAAUGACAAAUAGUUAAUAACAAAACAACACCCUAUUAGGCAUCACCAACUCUGAAAGGUUCCAUUCCCCUUUUCAUUUGUUGACCAAUGUCAUCACAAUACAACAUUUUCACUCAUAUUUCAUCGCCUCAUUAAUUUCUCUACACCCACAUUCUUCCACAUGCACCUCUCAUUUCUAGGCACAACAAACUCCAAUAGAUCUCCACAUUCAUAUAACAAGAGUUGAAUAAUUCAGGCUUCUGUUCUUGUUCCACUUUGGAACCUAAUCAUUUUCAUAACAUGCUAUAGAUGUAACUUCUCAACCAAAUCCAUUAACUGUCUUGCAUCACAUCAUCAAGAAAACCUCCUUGUACAAGUUUUCUUAUGUGUUAAGAGAAGAAAACCAAGUGUUGUUGUAAACAGAUUCUGAUCUGUUAUAUUAUAUAUAUAUACUUGGUUAGGGAAGGAUUCUGAUUGUGAGUUACAUUCAGUUAUCUUUAAUAAAACUAGAGGAAAAGAAAGUUUGUGGUGAGAAAACUCAUCCUUCUUCCAUUGAUGAGUAGUGAAGUUACUACUGCAUCAUAAAAGCUUCAAUGGGUUUAGUGCAUGCAUGGAUUUCCUUGAAAAUCAUUCAAGAAUUGAACAUUAGAGACAAAAAAAGGCUUCUGGGGUGACAUUCAUGGGGCUUCAUAGAUGGUGGCAAGUUACGUUGGUAAUUGUGUGUUUGUUUUCAUCAUCUCUUGUUGAAGGUUUGAAGACUUAUUCUGAUCGUAAAUCACUGGAUUCCUUUCUUCGCAUGCAAGCAAAUGAAGAGAUAAAAAAUCCUAAAACAGGUGUUCUCUACAAUGUUUCCCUUCCUUCCAACUUAACAGGUAUGGAAGUUUCAGUCGUUAGAUUGCGCAGUUUUUCUUUAUGGUCAAGAGGAAUGAACUACAGUUUCUUCAACCUUCCGCCACGGAUUAUGUCUCGGCCAAGCCAGAAAAGAAUAACCAUUUUGUACGAAAACUUAGGCAAUUGUUCUUCUCAUUACUACAAUGUGCCUAACCACACAAUGGUGGCUCCAGUUUUUGGUGUCAUGGCUUACAGUUCUUCAGAAUCAGCAUUGGUGGAUGAGAAGAUUAACUUUACCAUUCAUGGUGAUCCCAUCAAAAUUUGGUUUCCUCUUGCCGAUGAACGUGGGAGAAAUCACACUCCUCUUUGUGCUAAGUUUACUGAUAAUGGGUUGGUGAAAUUCAAGAACAUGACUAAGCCAUAUGUUUGUGAAGUACACAGACAAGGACAUUACACUCUUGUAAUUCCAUCAUUUCCUUUUCCAGAUGAACUUCAUACUCACAGUCAUGGCAGGAGAUUUACCACAUGGUGGGUGUUGGGGUUUGCAAUAGGUUUCAUUGGGUUGGUUGUUUUGGGUUUGAUCUUGUUAGCUUUGGUUAUGGAGGUCAAGAAGAGAAAAAUAAGAAAAAUGGAGAAAAAUUCAGCUGGGGAAGAGCUUUUUGACACAUUUUGGAUUGGAGAAACUAAAUUACCAUUAGCUUCAUCGAUUAGAACACAACCAAUCCUUGAGAAUUAAAAUGUACAUUAAUAUCACUUGUGAUACUUUUAUGCAAACAGAUGAGUACAUAAAUGUUAUCUUUUCAACUUUGGUCCUUAUCAACAAAACAAUUGUUCAGUCAACAACAACAAGAAACUAUCCUAUAUUUAUGUAGUUAUUACAGCUGUUAAUAGCACUUUUAUUUCAUGUUCUGUUUUCACGUCAAAUUCUUUUUAGGAAUAUGUGAACAAAACGUUUGUAUUCUCUUCUGCUGUCUAUAUUUGAACACGAAGUACCAGAGUUUGUGUAGCUUGAUUUAUGUCUUACACCCUUGAGUUUUUCUUAAAUCAAUGAAAGUGACAAUCAUUAAAACUCAAACCUUAUGAAAUUUUUAUUGGAACUCAAAUCCAAGCACUACAACACACUCAUAGCAACCUUUCAAGGAAGAUAAAUCAACUCUAGAUGCUAAAAAUUAUUUUCUGCAUAACAUGAAGCAGGGUAGUUCAUAUCAGAUACAAUAUAUAAUAACCAAAGUCCAACAUUUUUAUGAUAACAUGUUUUUUUUUCCUCCAAACAGUAA